UUAAUUUGUGUUUGUAAAAUAAUUUAUCCUUCAGCAGAAGGUUUAUUUUGGUUUUAAUUAAAUUUUUUUUGUUUUCGGUUCUUAAAUUUUCACGCAAAAAUUCUUCACGAUUUUUCGACCAAUGGACGAAUCCGAACUAUUGUUUAAUCUAUUUUAUCUGCUCCUAUGCAUGUGCAUCAUCUAUCCACCGGAGGAGUUUCAACGUCUCGGUCUAACCAUUGAACAACUAUUCUCCCGUUGGCUGGGUGAGGAGUAUCUAAAUUUUGUUCGUUACCACCAGAAACGCACUUCACUGAAUCUCUUCAUACACAGCUGUCUACCGGCCAUCUACUUUCUCAUACAUCGUUUCAAGUUUUCCGUUUUUACGGAAUACGAUGACAUUGAAGAAGAAUCUGAGCUAGAUCCUGACUUCCCUAUGCCCCAGGAGGCGGUGGCUUUUAAAACACUCACCUGGAAAGUGGCUCAACGUUUUAGUUUAAUGGCCGUCUUGGCUGUGCCAGCUUUGAUAUUAAACUGGUAUCAACAGAAUUGGAAGCGUCAUCCCAUAACACAGACGCUGUUGAAAUUUUCAAAUGUGCCGAAUAGUACCACAAAUGUAAUCUCUGAUAUUGGCAAUGAAUUUAGAAGACAGGAUAUUUACAAGAAAAAACUGAAUUCCAUAUCAACAGUAAUUGCCACCGAAAAUUGGAUUAUUAAAACGUCGCUGUAUAACGUACAUUUUGCUCAUCAAAGUGAUACCGCUCUCACUGUGGCCAAGACCGAAACCUACACCGUCUCACAGGACAAUAACGAUACCCUACAAAUGGUUAGCAUUGUAGUUAAAACAAAUCGAGCUGGUGUAGCCGACUUUCACAUACGCAUAAAUGCCUUAGAAUUUCGCAAUCUUGAGGAGCGUAUAACACGACCAAUUUUAAUACCCUCCAACAUACAAUUCCAUCGCAAUGUCAUCGAUCGUUUCAUAGAUGUGUUUAAACAGCAGGUCAGUCUUAAUCCCAUCUACAAGGCUGAUCGCAUAACCGACAGGUGUUUUGCCUGCAUGAUAGCCGAACCAAAUAUAAAGAUACACAAACAAUGUGAGGACAUAGAUCGUGAGGGCAGACCUUUGGCUACCGAUCUGUGCUGUACAAAUUGCUAUUGCCGGCCCAUGUGGUGUGUAGAGUGUUUGGCCCGAUGGUUUGCCGCCCGACAAAAUGAACACGAACGUGAGGUGUGGCUGGAACAGAAAUGUACGUGUCCCAUGUGCCGGGCCAAGUUUUGCGUAUUGGAUGUAAGUUAUAUAGAGAGAACGACGUCAUUGAAUACUGAGAAUAACGACAAUACAGAUAAUGAAAAUCAAGCGUGAUUAUAGUUAAGCCUUCUUUUAACGAUUUUUUUUUU